UGUGCUUGCUCAAGUAGUAGAAACAGAGCACAGCCGGCAUAUUUGUGUGAUCGAAGCGGCAAACUGAAGCCACAGCAUUCAGAAAGAGGAACAAUUCAAGAGAAAAACCCUUUCAUACAAACUGGGAGAAGAAUACGUUUCCAGCCAUGCAAUUGACCGUGUGUGAACCCGGUACCAUGUCUGAAGCCGUGGUGAUGGAGCCUCAGCGAGCAGGCGGCUUCCUUGAGUCUUCAUGCGGUGCGGGGAGCAGUGCAGCAUCCCUGGAUGACGGCAUCAUGGAUACAGCAAAUGAGUCUUCAGAGGAAGAGUCUUCAGGGGAACGGGAAGAAGAGGUUGGUGCACAUGAUGAUGUCAACAGCAACACCAUGACAACAGAGGCCAUCGUUGAACAGACUUCCAACACACAAACAGUGAAAGCCGAGCGCCCAAACUCCCUGUCAGUGCCAGCAGCAGGAGAACCCGGCCUGUGGACGUCUGAGGGUGAUGCAGAGGUGAAACUGAGGAUGGGGGACUCUGGUCUGGCUGCAGAGACUCCUCUGACCAUUCACCAGAUGUUCAUCUCAGCUGUAGAGCGCUUUGGAGAUUACACAGCUCUGAGCUGGAAGGAGGGGGAGCAGCAGAAGACCCUGAACUACAGAGACUACUACCAGACCUGCCGGACAGCUGCAAAGAGCCUCCUUAAACUGGGUUUGCAGCGUUAUCAUGGCGUUGGCAUUCUGGGCUUCAACUCAGCCGAGUGGUUCAUCACUGAUAUUGGAGCCAUUUUGGCUGGUGGUUUUGCUGUCGGCAUCUACACCACAAACUCUCCUGAGGCUUGCCAGUAUGUAGCAGACAACUGUAAGGCCAAUAUUAUUGUGGUGGAGAAUCACAAACAGCUGCAGAAGAUCCUGCAGGUUGAAGACCAGCUGCCACACCUGAAAGCAAUCAUUCAAUACAAAGAUGCACUUAAAGAGAAGAGACCAAAUCUGUACUCAUGGGCUGAGUUCAUGGAGCUCGGCCGUGAUGAGCCUGAUGCACCGCUAGACGCCAUCAUCUCCAGCCAGAAGCCAAACCAAUGCUGCACACUCAUCUACACCUCAGGAACCACCGGGCAGCCCAAAGGAGUCAUGCUCAGCCAUGAUAAUGUAACAUGGACUGCACUUACCACCAGCCGUCACGUGCGCCUGACAGACGCCACAAAAGCUCAGGAGUCUGUGGUCAGCUACCUGCCGCUCAGUCACAUUGCUGCACAGAUGGUUGACAUCUGGGUCACCAUGAAGGUCGGAGGAUCGACGCAUUUCGCACAGCCAGACGCACUGAAGGGCUCUCUGGUCAACACUCUGAAGGAGGUGCGUCCCACAGCCUUCAUGGGUGUCCCACGUGUCUGGGAGAAGAUGCAGGAGAAGAUGAAAUCUGUUGGAGCCAAAUCUUCCACUGUACGCAGGAAGGUGGCUGCCUGGGCCAAAGAUGUCGGGCUGCAGACAAAUCUGACAAAGAUGAAUCAAAACGGAGUGGCUGGCCGUGCACCACUGAGUUAUCAAAUUGCCAGAAAACUUGUCUUCAAGAAGGUGCGUAAAGCCCUUGGUCUGGACCGCUGCAACAAGUGCUACACAGGCGCUGCCCCCAUCACCAAAGACACCCUGGAGUUCUUCCUUAGCCUGGAUAUCCCUCUGUAUGAGCUGUACGGCAUGAGCGAGAGCACAGGACCUCACACCGUCUCCGUCCCUGAAGCCUUCAAGCUUACUAGCUGUGGGAAAGAGAUGCCAGGAUGCAAGACAAAGCUGUACAACCCUGAUGAGGAGGGAAACGGGGAGAUCUGUUUCUGGGGCCGCCACGUCUUCAUGGGUUACCUCAACAUGCCCGAUAAGACAGAGGAGGCUCUCGAUGCAGAGGGCUGGCUGCACUCAGGAGAUCUGGGCAAACACGACCAGAAUGGUUUCCUCUUUAUCACUGGAAGAAUUAAAGAGCUGAUCAUCACAGCAGGAGGUGAAAACAUCCCUCCUGUUCCCAUCGAGGACGCAGUGAAGGAGGCUGUGCCACUUAUCAGUAACGCCAUGCUGAUCGGAGACAAGAGGAAGUUUCUGGCCAUGCUGCUCACCAUUAAGUGCCAGGUAAAUCCAGACUCAGGUGAUCCAGAGGAUGAGCUGACACCAGAGGCUUUAGAAAUCUGCAGGAAGCUGGGCAGUACCGCCACACGCGUUUCUGAGGUCGCAGGAGGACGAGACCGGGCGAUUCAUGCCGCCAUUCAGGAGGGAAUCAACCGAGUCAACGAGAAGGCAACCUCCAACGCUCAGCGUAUCCAGAAGUGGGUCAUUCUGGAUCGGGAUUUCUCCGUUUCAGGAGGAGAGCUUGGCCCGACCAUGAAGCUGAAGCGGCCAGUGGUGGUGAAGAUGUACAAAGAUCAGAUUGAAAACUUCUAUAAGGAACUGCCAACUCCGACCACCCCUGACAACCCACUGCCUCCUAAGUAAAUCUGCUGCUCCUCCACCUGCAGGGAGAACCAACACUGUCUGUAUCAAUAUGAUGGACUGAACACCUCAUUAUCCCACCUUUUCUCUCCCAGCAGCAGGUUUCCUUUUGUAAAAAUGUUUUGGUUGCCUUAAGUUUUGCUCGUUCUGUCUUUGGUUUACAUUUGUGCUCUGUGAAAAGGAAAUCAAACAUAUGAAGCCAUGUUGAAGACAUUAAUAAGCUUAACUGACUAUUUAUUAUUUGGAUGAUAUCGGAUAGAUGAAGUAGCAUCAGCUGUAUGUAAGAAAAGUUGUUUAUUGCACUGAAUUACUUGAGCAAAAGUGACAGAAUCCAAAAAGUUCACCUGGGUAAUUUGUGUUUUCGAACAUGUUUUUCUUAAUUUAUUUUGAGUUUGCCAAAGUUUAAGCAAGCCAAAUCAGCUUCAAAUGAAGAAACAUUUCUGUUGAGGGCUUCACAUGAAAUUCAGCUAGAAUAUCCAAUUUUUACCUUUUACAUGUGUAACUUUCAAACAUCUCUUAAAGAAACGAGCAUUUAACGUAUCAAUGUGUGCAUUUCUUCGUGUUUCAUAAAACGCUUCCAGAUUUAAUUAGUCAUUCUGUAAAAAGAAGUCAUUGAAGCCAUAUUUUGCCUUUUGUAAUUGUAACGUCCGUCUGAUUUUUAUGCUGACUUGCUGCAGCCUGCACACCUGCCUGGUCCUGUUAAAUCAAACAGCCCUUCUGUGUGUAGACUUGCUGUGUUUGUGAAAUACUGUAAAUAUGUUCUGCUUUUCUCAUCAUCAUUCGCUUGUCUUUAUGUAAAUUUAUUUUAAAGGUGGUUCUUAUGCCAUUUAUUCCCAAAAAUCAGUCAUUUUAAUCCAUUUAUUGCACUCAAACAGAGGACACAAAGGUACACAAACAGGAAAUGAACAUAAAAUAAGUUAAAUGUAGGUGAAAUGAAAUAUACCAGCUACAUUACAGCUGUUUUUAUUGGUCUGUUUCCAUCUUUAAUGUUAAAAAUCUCAAUGAAAUCUUAAGAGCUGACUUUGUAUAUGAAGUAAUUGUAAAUAUAAAGCAUAUGUUAAGAGUUUGUAGCACUCUGGGAGCUUAAAGUGAAGGUUAAAAUUUGCUGACGUUCAGGGUAAACUGAGAUUUAAACUGGUUUGUGUAAAAAGUGACCAGUGAGGAAAUGAUGGAGAAUCAGUGUGCUAGGCUUUGUGAGUUUCAGGCUGUUUUAACUUUUUUCAAACCAAUAUUGUCCAUCCAGAAAAUAAAACCGCCUGUUGCAAAGAAAGGGUUUGUAUUACGGAAAUGAAUGACCAAUAAUCCAUAUUUUAUGGGAGGAAAACUUGAAACUCACAAGACUCCUGACAGAACACUGAAUUCACCUGACCCCAAACAGCUGUUACUGUUAUUUGUUGUGAACCAUAUCAGGGUUGAUAAAAGGAAAUACGCACGAAGCAGGCCUGUGAAUAUUUGUGUGUUUGAUCAGUUAAUGAAUAAAAGUUGUUUAACCUGA